GGCGGCGCGGCGGGUGGGUAGAAGCGCGCGGCUCCUCCUCCUCCUUCUCCCGUUCGCCGGCGCAGCAUGGCGGUCAAGGUGCCUUCCAUCAAAAGAGCAGAUCCUGCCGAACUACGAAGUAUCUUUUUGCAGUAUGCCAGUGUUGAGAAAGAUGGAGAGCGUUACAUGACCCCAGAAGAUUUUGUGCAGAAAUACUUAGGACUUCAUACAGAUCCACGUUACAAUCCUAAAACAGUACAGCUGUUGGCUGGAGUGGCAGAUCAAACUAAAGAUGGGUUGAUUUCCUUCCAAGAAUUUUCGGCAUUUGAAUCUGUUUUGUGUACUCCAGAUGCAAUAUUCAUUGUUGCUUUUCAGUUAUUUGACAAGAGUGGCAAUGGAGAAGUAACGUUUGAGACUGUUUCUUGAAUGUGACCUGCACUCUUUCAUUUUCACAUCACAUCAACAGAAGGGCAUGGAGUUGAAUUUCAUGUAAAAACAGGAGAAAUAUAUAAAAUUAGGAUUUUCCCAAGUCUUUGGAGGAAGGUGUUUCACCAUGAUCAUGACACACCGCUCAUUUUCUUCAAAGAAUCUUUUCCAGUGGCUAAGAAGGAAGGAAACACUUGAUCUCUUCAGUUAGUAGACUUUGCAUUCCAUGCAGGUCUGAAUAAGUAAAGGUAAUUAUAGAUAAACAU